GCCGCCCGUUCCAGAAGCCCGCCCAUUGUUGACAACUCCUCCAGCAACACCGGUGAUCAUGGCGGAAAACAAGGCUGUGAAGCUCAGCAGCUUCGACAUUGGCAACCCCACCAGCACCAUGACGGUGGUGUCAGGGCCCCGCCCCGCCCCAGGCCCGGGCGAGGUGCUGGUGCGGCUGACGCUGCGCCCCGUCAACCCCGCCGACAUGUUUGCCAUCAUGGGAGUCUAUCCGGGCUUCACUCCCGACCCAGCCAGCUUCCCGGCGGUGCCCGGACUGGAAGGCGUCGGCGUGGUGGCCGAGAACGGCGCCGGCGCCGGCAAGUUUGCGGUGGGGCAGCGCGUGUCGGGGGCCCCCUUCACCUCGGUUCAGGGCGGCGGCGGUACCUGGCAGCAGUACAUUGUGGCGCGGGAGGCAGACCUGGUGCCCGUGCCAGAUGCGGUGGGAGACGAGGCCGCCGCGUCGUGGUACAUCAACCCCGUGACCGUGUAUGGCAUGCUGGAGGCGCUGGCGGUUCCGCCAGGGGAGUACCUGCUGCAGACGGCGGCGGGCAGCGUGCUGGGCCGCCAGAUCAUCCAGCUGGCCAGGCACCGCGGCAUCAAGACCAUCAAUGUGGUGCGGCGGCAGGAGCUGGCUGACGAGCUCAAGUCCCUGGGGGUGGAUGAGGCGGUAGUGAGCUCCGAUGGCGCGGGGCUGGCGGAUGCGGUGAAGGCCGCCACUGGCGGCAGCCUGGCGUAUGCCGCCAUCGACUGCGUGGGCGGGGACCUGUUUGCUGCGGUGGCGGGCGCUGUGCGGAAUGCCGGUACCGUCAUCAUCUACGGGGCCAUGAGCGGGCUGACGGCGUCCUUCAGCAUCCCCGACCCGCUUUUCCGCGGCGUCACCAUCCGAGGGUACUGGAUCAACAAUCACAUCGGCAGCCUGUCGGCCGACGAGAAGGCCCAAGUGUUCGACGCUGUGAUGCAGCUGCUGGCAGACAAGGUCAUCACCCCCUAUGCAGGCCAGCGCUUCCCUCUGGACAAGGUGGCGGAUGCGAUCGGCGUGGCCACCUCCGCCGCUAGGGGCGGCAAGGUGCUGCUGGAAGGCUGAUGUGGGGCAGGCAGGAGCGGCGGCAGCCAGGUCGAGGACGGCUGGGAGGCCUGCCGCUGCCCACCAGUGGGCAACUGAAUGAAUUGAUCUCGUGAUUGGCAAGGACCUGCGUCCUGCAACAACCUUCGCCCCAAUUUAUUCAGCAUUCAUUGCAGUGGAAGCAUACAAGUGAUUCAAUCAAAGUCAUA